AUGAGUCUUGAUGAAAAGAGACUUUAUGAAUCAGUAAUGGCUAAAUAUAACGAAACGUUAGAACGUGGAAAUAAGCUUAAAGAGCGUGAAAAUGAAAUUAAUGCAAGAAUGCUUUACCUUUGUAACGAAAUUAAAGAACUCGAAUUAAAUAAACCACAGUACGAAAUAGAACAUGAUCAUCUCAAAGAAAUGGCUGAAAAACUAGGAGAAAAACUUAAACAAAUAGAAAAUUUUCAAGCUUCUCAAUUAUCAAACGAAGUUGCCCGUCAAAUGGAAGGAUUAAAAGAUUUACAAGAUAAAAUUAGAAGAAACAAUGAACAUCUUCGUAAAAUAGAUGUUGAUCACUUGAAUGCUCAAUUUUUAGGAAAUAUAGAAAGUAUAAAGCGCUAUAUAGAGAUCAUUAAGAAGAGAAAUAUAAAGGAUACUAAAGGAUCACUGUUAUAA